UAACAUCGUCAACAAAGGUAGGUGACAAAAGAGUGCGGAUUCGCAAGAUCUACCGUUGUGGCGCAGGCAGUGCUGGCAAGUGGCUCAGAGGAAGACGCUGCUUACACUGAUACAGUCACGACGGCUUCGGAGCCCGAACGUCGCAAUGCCGAGUUCGGGGCGAAGAAGGACCCUUCCUGCUUCAGGCUUGGCGCCGAAGUUGACAGGGCCGAGGAUACAAGUGGAGCCUGACUACAGGAAGUGUCCAGGCAGCGGUCUUCCUAACUUCAUCAGACGAUCAUCAUCAAGGCUUAGAUCUAUUUAAAAUUCGACGGUUGGACUUGGACUGCAGCUGCGGACGGGGAACCGAACCCCACUCAAGGGCAGCUCCUGUUCCCGCCGUUGACUAUCCCCCGGCACUAAUGCAGCAUGUCAAGCGAGAAGAACUUCUGGCCGAAACUGCGACAUCCUUUCCGAAAGCCUGUGCCUCACGAAACCCCACAAAAGCUCUCCGACAAUGACAGCAAAAUCUCCAAUGCGACUCGUGGUUCCGUUAUUGUCCCAGUGUUCCAAGUUGACCCGCAUAAAACAUCCGAAUACAUCGCUCAUACCGAGAGCGUGCGAUCCUUAUCCACGGAAGAGUCUUGGGAUCCACAAGAUUCCUCGAGCCAUGGAGACAAUUAUGUCUCCAGUUGGAGUGACCAGACGGGUUGUACUACUCCAAGCGCUAAUUUCAGUUCGUUUUCUGGUCAGGCAGUAUUGCCUGCCGCCUACCCUGGAACAUGUUCUCCUAGCACAAGCGGUGAUCUUCAAGGGAGGCUAGGUGACGCAUAUCGCCAUAUUCAAAACAUGCCACCCUCGCCGAUAUCACCCACUAUCAGUCAAUUGACUGGCGAUCCCCGCACGUAUCAUAAGCAAUUGGGAGUGCCACAACAUUCGGUCAUCAAUCAGCCAAUGCUGAGGAUGCCGAACCUUCCAAAUCCUCACGCGGCUCAUGAAAGAUCACAUUCACAACCCCUUCCGUCAUCGUUUCCCUCUGAAUCUCUACCCGUGUCAUGGACUUGGGCCAACGUACCUGAACGGAGUAGCGCUCCACGAUAUCGUCAUCCUCAAGUCAAGGCACAAUCACCGGGGUAUCCCCAUCAACCUGCGAAACCUUCAUUGCAAAUCGAUAUUGAUGUCCAUUCUAAUCUUAGUCGUCCAGCGACUACAGUCCAUUCCUCUCAAACCUCGCCCGCCAUGGUCGCCGGCCCUGUAAAGCACUAUUCCGCCGAUACCACAGUGCCGUUGUUGCCGCAGCCGGAGUAUAGCCGUAUUAGAUCAGAGCUUUCGCCUCAAAGGAGGUCAAAGUUGAUUAAGCGACACUCACCAGCAAUGUCCCAUGUUUCAAGCCCAUCCCAUUUGCCAUACCACGCAGCCUCGGAGGAGACUCGUACUCAAGAGGAUGGCAAUGUUAGAUUGGAGCUCCCGCUUCAAAAGAGGUCAAAGUUGAUUAAGCGACGCUCACCAGCACUAUCUCAAGUCUCAAGUCCACCCCAUUCGUCAUACCCCAUUGCCUCGGAGGAGAUUGGUACCCCUGUAUCAUCCAACCAAGAAUCAAACUCCAAUAUGGACGUCCGCAACCAAAAUAUUUUGCCACUCGUUAGGCCUCCCUCACCGCUCCGGCUAGACAUGCCGAUACAUCAGCCAUGGCACGAUCGGCGAACAAAUUUUGAGUUAUCACCCAUGCGGAGAAGCCACUACAGUAGUACAUCCGUUGCCUUGUCCACGUCAACCACCCAAAAGGCUAGUCCCAGCACUGAAGCACUCGCGUCUUUGGCAUGGAUUGGUGCAUCUCCAAUGGGCACUUCUCUCUCGACAUCUUCCGUCUCUUCUCAUUACACCCGAUACAACCCUGUCCCGACCGACGAUGAGAUCGAUAUAUACAUGGCAAUGGACGAAAAUCUAUCAGAUGAAGCUGUGGUGGAACAGCUCGAAAUUAUACGGAAACGGAGUCGCAAGGACAAGCAUCGGUCACUCCCUGUCCCGAGGGCCGCUAGCUAUGGCUCGGCUAGUAUCCCACUUUCUAAGCAAGGAUGUAGCCCGCUCGGAGAUCACCUCGCCAGUUACCCAAGUUCGCUAUGCCAAUCAGAGGAGUCCGAGCCCGUUACGCCCCUACCCGUGAUUUUGGAUGAUCUCGAGUUGGACACUGAUGACGCCGCUCUCUGGAGUACUGCCAGAAGGGCAUUGUUUUGCAUUCGAGAAAUCAUCGGAACGGAGAGAAAGUACCAGGAAGCCCUCAAGAUGCUCCUGACAGGACAGACAGCAAAUCAACCACCUUCGCUGUUGUUGACAUACCUUCCUGACCUCGUACGAGCGUCAGAGGCGUUGUUGAGGGCCUUCCUUGACGACCCCUCCGCUUGGGGCGUAUCCACUGCCUUUAUGGCUCGCGAAGAUGAUAUUGAAGCUGCUAUGGUUUCGUGGUGCGGCGUGGUAGGGAACUUCUUUACUGAUAGGAAAUGGCGUUCGCGCAAGUCUCCCCUGCCCUCCGCCACAAGCAAUCCUCUUGCCCCCGUGGUGGAGAAGUCGAGUGGAAACUCUUCUCUCACUAGUCCACCCCCUCUGCUAACUUUAAUGAAUGAGGCAGGGAGUAGAAUUAGAGAUAGACAACGGACCGUUGAACACUACUGGAAGGUGUCUGAUGACGGUAGCGUUGACUCCCACGCAGAGCGACGUCCUAGAGCCAACUCGGUGGACGGUCGAUCAAAGGGAGAGCCUCCGAUUCGGAGACACAGUGUACGAGAUCUUGCAAUUCAACCAACGCAGCGAGUCAUGAGGUAUGUUUUGCUGUAUCGAGACCUCUUGGAGAGCACUCCUCCCACUUCUCCUUCCCGCGCACUUGUUGAGAGAGCGCUCGAAGCUGCGACCCGCAUUGCUGAUAGGUGCGACCGUGCACAAGACAAUACUGCCUUUUUGCAUAUAUAGAAUGGUUUGGAUCUUCAAUAUGUAUUAGCAUUUGGAUAGCUGUACCGAUUCAUAGC